CCGUCACACCCACUUGGGCCCGGAUCAUCAACAGCCCGUGUGGCGGGUCAACAAACGAUCGUCUACUCUACCAUAAGUAUCUAUCUACACUUCUACAGUAUCAACUUCUUCCUCUCUAUCUCUUCCUCUUUUCCUCUCCCACCUCUCCUCCUCCCCGCGCCACUGAGCGCACACGACCAUGGAAGACUCCGCCCCCAGAUCUGCGUCGCGCUCGAGGCCUCCCUCCCGCCCGGUAACGCCUUUGCGCCCGAGCUCGCGAUCAUCCUUUCGGGACGCCCAUGGUUAUGGCGCAAGUAUAAAUAGUGCGGGGUAUUCGCAGCCUGCAAUCAACGCCCUGGAGCCACAAUUCGCGGAAUUGGCAGACUCGAUGGCCGAUCUGGAGGCGAACUUUAUGCAUCUGCAGCUAAUGCACGAGAGUCUGACCCGGUUCAGUGAGAGUUUCGCCAGCUUCCUAUACGGCUUGAACAUGAAUGCUUUCUGUGUCGACUUUCCCGAGGCUCCUAUUUCAGAGUCCUUCCGCAGGGCCAAACAGGCGGAAACCCAGGAGGACCUUGCAGCAGAUCAAUAUCGCUCUACGAAUGAAGAGACCACCUUCCUGACCACCGACACGACCUUCAUUGAGAAUCCACCGCCCACAAUAUCUUCGAAAGCCACUCCCAAACCUUCGCGGACCUCCUCCCGGGGUUCCUCCACUCGAGGCUCAAUUGGCGACCGCUAUUCGACAAGAGGCACAACGAGGGGUAGUGGAAGAGCAGCUCGCCCAAGCGCGUUGCCUAGGGGCAGAGGAGUGCGUUGAGACUUAGUCUACACGUGAACCCGGCAUUGAUGGACUUCCACUGGUGAUGCGAUGCCGACGAUGAUUAC